GGUGCCUAGGAGAGGAGCUAGGAAGCCAGGGCGCACGGAGACUUGGAGCCUGGGGGACAGGAUGGCCCCACAGAGAGCUGUGCAGCUGUCCCUGAAGAAGCCUACCUACGCUGUGUGUGUGGUGGGAAUCGAAACAUACGUGGAUGUUUACAGCGAUGUGCCCAAGGGUGCUGAGACCUUCAGUGUCUCUGGGAGCUCCGGGGUGGAGGUCUUCACGGUCUACAACACAGCACGGGUGACAGAGCCCACAGGUAAGGCCUACUGGCCCCUGAAUGCCGGCGUGGAUGUGAUCGUAUCUGUGGACACAGCCAGUAAGGCUUUAAACGAUCUCGAGGUGCAAGUCUCCUACUUCGGGCUUCAGAAGGCUGCCCUGGGCCACAGUGUCCUCUACCUCACUGGCGCCGACAUCUCCCUCGACGUCGACACGGGCCGCACGGGCAAGGUGAAGAGGAGCCACGGUGACAAGAAAACCUGGCGCUGGGGCCCUGAGGGCUAUGGGGCUAUCCUGCUGGUGAACUGUGACCGGGAUAGUUUCAGGUCCAGGGAGAUCGACCUCAUCAGCACCCAGCUGACAUCACUGGAUGACCUGCAGGACAUGGCCCCAAUGGUGCUGAGCUGCGAUGGCCCUGAUGAGCUCUUUGACAGCCACAAGCUGGUCUUGAACGUGCCGUUUUCUGAUUCCAGGAGAAUGGCGGUCUUCUGCGCUAGGGGUGGGAAUUCUCUCUCAGACUACAAGCAGGUGCUGGGGCCCCAGCAGCUGUACUACGAAGUGGAGCGGCAUCCGGGGGAACGGAAGAUCAGCUUCUACGUGGAGGGGCUCACCUUUCCCGACGCUGAUUUCUUGGGGCUGGUCUCUCUCAGCGUCAGCCUGGUGGACACCAAGACCCUGCCUGAGGUGCCCUACUUCACAGACACCGUGACCUUCCGCAUGGCCCCCUGGAUCAUGACCCCCAACACCCAGUGCCCCCUGGAGGUGUAUGUGUGCAGUGUCUUAGACUCCCAUGGCUCAAAUGAGAAGUUUCUGAAAGACAUAUCUGACCUGGCGUUGAAAGCCAACUGCAAGCUGAUCGUCUGCCCUUGGCCUGAGAAUCGGAAUGACCGCUGGAUCCAGGACGAGAUGGAGUUUGGCUACAUCGAGGCGCCUCACAAAUCCUUCCCGGUGGUCUUUGACUCCCCCCGAGACAGAGGCCUGAAGUAUUUCCCUUAUAAGAGGAUCCUGGGUCCCGACUUUGGAUAUGUCAUCCGGGAAACGCAGUUCGCUGGUGUUUCUGGCCUCGACUCCUUCGGCAACCUGGACAUCAGCCCUCCAGUCACAGUGGGGGGCAAGGAGUACCCGCUGGGCCGAAUCCUCAUUGGUAGCAGCUUCCCCAAGUCUGGUGGGCGGCGAAUGGCCAAGGUGGUGCGCGACUUCCUGAAGGCCCAGCAGGUGCAGGCGCCCGUGGAGAUCUACUCUGACUGGCUCUGGGUGGGCCACGUGGACGAGUUCCUGAGCUUCGUGCCCACCUCCGACCAAAAGGGCUUCCGGCUGCUCCUGGCCAGCCCCAUCGCUUGCCUCAACCUGUUCCAAGAGAAGAAGGAGGAGGGCUACGGGGAGGCGGCCCAGUUUGACGGGUUAAAUUACCAGGUGAAGAGAAGCAUUAAUGAGAUACUGGAAGACAGAAUUCUCAGGAGUGACAACCUGUAUGCACAGAGAUGCAUUGACUGGAACCGGGAGGUGCUGAAGCAGGAACUGGGCCUGACUGAGCAGGACAUCGUGGACAUCCCCCAGCUCUUUUACCUGAAGGACUCCCAAGCAGAAGCCUUCUUCCCCAACAUGGUGAACAUGGUGGUCUUAGGCAAGUACCUGGGCAUCCCCAAACCCUACGGGCCCAUAAUCAACGGCUGCUGCUGCCUGGAGGAGAAGGUGCGGUCCCUUUUGGAGCCUCUGGGCCUCUGCUGUACCUUCAUCGAUGACUACUUGUCCUACCACGAGCUGUGUGGCGAGAUCCACUGUGGCACCAACGUGCGCCGGAAGCCGUUUCCCUUCAAGUGGUGGCACGUGGUGCCCUGAGCCUGCUCUCCACACGCCAUUCUCUCUCCCCACCCGCCAGGAUAAGGAACCUCCACCUGGCCUCCAUCCUCUUGGGGGAGCCUUGGACGCUUUCCCCUGUGUGCCCGCAAGUGUGCCGGUCACCGUGGGUACCAGGAUACAGGGAUGGACACCACACAUCCUCACCUCUGGCGUGGCCUACAGGGCCUGGGGCCUGGGAUGAGAGCCCUGGGUCUAGGCCACCGGUGGCUCUUGUAAGACCAGGAAGGGGGAUUUGGGCCCCCUUUUUCCUUUUCUGGCUAUCUUCUCCUUCAGGGGGCCCCCAGGCUGUGAUCUCCUAGCACUCCUCAGCCAUAUUUAUGUAGGCGAAUAAGGGCAGGAAAACUCAGCAUCUGAUGGCCUGUUUCUUUUUUUUUUUUAAACAUCUUUAUUAGAGUAUAAUUGCUUUACUGUUUUAAAAAGAAAAAGCAACAACCCCCCUUUAAUACCUGACUCCCUCCUUAGAAGGGUGCCUGUUACCUGUUUGGAAAGCCUUUAAUUACGCGUGCUGGCUGCUUCCGGCUCACAAACGCUGAGAGGCCAAAGUGAGGCCCGAGGAGGGCGCAGGGAGGAAGGCUGGGCAGGAGGCGAGGAGGCCAGGACGGCAGAGGAGCUGAGGCACGGGGAUAAAACCUGGGACCUGGCCUCUGCGCCCUAGGCCUCCCAGGCUUUAAGUUUUGGACUCUGGAUGUGAUGGGGUCUGGCUGUUCCAGAUGCAGCAAGGAGAGGGGGCCUAGAUGUUAGAAGCGGGUGGGGGGUCAUUAGGUUAUCUUUGAGGGUGGGGUUUAAUUUCCUUUAAUAGUCUUUCAUUAUUCCCCUUCGUUCUGCCGGCAGUGGGAGGGAAGGCUCGCCCAGUCUCUCUCAGCAACUCAGAGACCCUGCAUGUAGCUUGGGUUUCACCUGUGAGUAAAGCCCCGUGGCAGGCCUGUGUCCCCUCCCACAGAAGGCAAGGCAGAGCUGCCACGGGAAUUUAAUAGCCUGGGCCCAGGUGAGGUCACCGGGACGUGCACAGGCAAGCUGGCUUGGCCGGUGCAGGGCGAGAGGUGGCCCCUGCCCCAGACAAGCGUGGGCAGGAGGGAACCGGCCGGCCUUCCUCUCCCACAGCCUCUGGGCCUCUACCUUCUGGGUUUUCUCCCUGGCUCUCGGUGACAUUUAGAUUGAGCCAUCUGCCCUUAAACUCUUCUAGCUGUGGAACACUCAGCCAUCAGAGGCUACCACGGAGGCCCAGCAUGGGAAACUGAUGAAAACGGAACUGCUCUGGUUUAAGGCGGCGGGGGUGGUGUACGAGGAUCCUCCCCUUCCCGGAGGUUCUGGGGAACCCCGUUUGCAAGCCCCUGGUCUAGCCUGUGCACUUUCUGCUCAUAACCGUGAUGCCCCUUAGACUGAGCCAAGAGGAGAAGGGAUCUCUUCGGCGGCCAAGGAUGUGCAGCUGGGGUUCCCCAGGGAAGGCGCUGCGGGUGGGAGGGGAGUGGCGUUGAGUGCGGGGAGCUCUGGAAUUGCUGCUGGGCUGUUUGCGGGGGGUUGCUGAUGUUCCCUCCGAGAAUGUUCCAGGUGACUGGUCACCUCCUUUCAGAUUAAUAAAAAUGUCAACAUGC